AUGCAGACUCGCAAGCAGAUCGUCGCCGCGGCCUUGGUGGCUUUCCUCGGUGCCGCCGACGCUCACAUGAUCAUGAAGAAUCCCAAGCCUUUCGGAAACCCCGACAACUCGCCCCUGACGACUUCCAACUACCCCUGCAAGUUGAGCGGCGACCCGGCUACCUUCUACAACAAGGCGGGCAUCGACAACACCAUGGCGAUAGGGGAGAAACAGACGCUCGAGUUCACCGGCUCGGCUGUCCACGGAGGAGGGUCUUGCCAGCUUGCCAUCACUACCGACAAGGCGCCUUCUGUAAGCACCUCGUGGCAAGUCAUACUCUCCAUCGAAGGCGGAUGUCCCGCCAAGGACGGCACUUCGCCCUCGACCUACGACUUUGAGAUUCCGAGCAGUGUUGCUGCUGGCGAUUACAUUUUCGCGUGGACAUGGAUGAGUAAACUUGCUGGCCAACCGGAAUACUACAUGAACUGCGCCCCCAUCACCCUCACGGGUGGUACCGCCAAGCGAUCUGCCAACGAGACCAUGGAUCUGUUCCCGCGAGACGGUGACCUGCCUGAGCUGUUCGUCGCCAACCUCGCCCAGAUUAACGACUGCAAGACUGCCCAAUCAUCCGAUACUGAGUUCCCGAACCCAGGUUCAGUCGUCCAGAAGCCUAACGCCGCCGCCAAGUUCGCUCCCGUCACUGGUUCCAACUGCGUGCCGAAGGGCGCUAAGGAGGCUGCUCCCGCUAGCGGAGGCUCAGACUCUGGCUCAUCAGCUUCAUCCACCAGCAGCGCCACGCAAGCCGCGAGCUCGACUACCACCGCCACGCAAGCCGCCACCGGAUUCGUCACCAGCACCACAUCCGCGGCGACCACCAGUGUCGCAGAUGCGACUUCCGCCACCUCCGCCACCGAGGUCCCAUCGCAGACCGCAAGCACUCCGGCCAGCGGGUCCAGCAGCGCUCCGGCUUCGGGACUGACGGGCGGCAUGUCGGGCGCGUGCACGAGCGAGGGCAUGUUCAACUGCGUCGGCGGCAGCACCUACCAGCAGUGCGCGAGCGGCAGCUGGACCGCGCUCCAGGCCAUGCCGGCGACCACGAAGUGCCAGGAGGGCCAGACGAUGACGCUCUGGGGCCGUGACGAGACGCCCCGCCGCAGCUUCCGCCUCCGCCGUUGA